ACACACAUACAGAAACUAAGUAAUUAUAUGAACCCUUUAAUCAUUUAUUAGGCAACUUCCUCACAAGUCAAGACAACCUGUAUAGUAUAUGUAUGUAGGACACAUAUACAUUGAAUUAAGCGUUUACAACAAAACUUCAAGUCAAUGUUAAGUUUUGAACUCUGUAUCUAAAAUGCAACCACCAUGUUCUGGAAGAACAUCAUCAUCACAACAACAACCAUGUUUCAGUAGUUGUUUUCUAUCUCCAUUUCUUGUUUCUGAGAAUUCUCAUGAUAACACUUCAAACUCAAACACUGUCAAUAGAACAGAUGACUUAACCUCAGCCACUUCCUCAAGUCUGUCCCCAAACACACAUUUCACAAACCAUGAAUCUCUUCCACUUUUACAUGAGUCAUACAAUAACUUUAUCAAAGCUUUCCCUCAAUUUUCCACAACAUGUGAAAUAGACGAAAUUCGAGAACAAGAGUAUCAUCACUUGAAUAAUAGUCUCUCCAAUAUAUGUUUCGAUUAUACUGGAUAUGGCCUUUUCUCUUAUGUUCAGCAGAACCAAAACUCCGGUUCAAUUGCCUCGUGUUCUUCUUCUUCGUCUACUCGUUACUUGAACUUGGAACAAUCGUUCUUUGAUGUAUCAAUUAAGUCGAUGAAUUUGAAGUCACAGAUACUCUACGGUGGACAUGAGUCCGAAAUAGAGUCGAGAAUUAGAGAAAGAAUAAUGACAUUUAUGAAUGUCUCCGAAACCGAUUAUGCCUUAGUUUUCAUUGCUAAUGAGGUAUCUGCUUUUAAACUUGUAGCUGAUUCAUUCCAAUUUCAAUCAAAAGGAUCAGAGCUUCUUACUGUUUAUGAUCAUAACAAUGAGGCAUUGGAAAUGAUGAUUGAUAGCUGCAAAAAACAAGGAGUACAAAUUUUAUCAGCAGAAUUCACAUGGCCUAAUUUAGGAAUCGAAUGGCGAAAACUAAAGAAGAUGAUAACAUGUAAAAAGGAGAAGAGGAAAGGUAGUUUAUUUGUAUUUCCACUUUAUUCAAAGGUUACUGGUUCACCAUAUUCAUAUUUUUGGAUGUCUUUGGCACAAGAAAAUGGUUGGUGUGUAAUGCUUGAUUUAUGUGCAUUGAGACCUAAAGAAAUGGACACUUUAGGUAUGUCUAUGUUUAAACCUGAUUUUAUGGUUUGUUCAUUUUACAAAGUUUUUGGUGAAAACCCAUCAGGAUUUGGUUGUUUAUUUGUCAAAAAAUCAAAUCUUUCUUCUCUUAAAGAUUUAGGAAAUGCUACAAGCAUAGGAAUUAUAAGCAUUGUUCCUACACUUACACAAUGUAACACGUCGAAUUUUUCUCGUCAAAAUGACACUGAAAAGUCAAACUUCAGAUUACCAGAGUUCUCUACUCCUGAAAUCCAAAAGAGUAAGACUAAAAAAAAGCAGGUCGAGGUCGAGGUAACAUCGUCGUCAACAUCAGAAGUUGUGGAGCUACAAGGCAUGAACAUGAAGGAUGAAAAAUUGGAAAUUGAGUGUAGAGGAUUAGACCACGCACACAAUGUGGGAUUAAUAGUGAUUAGUACAAGAACAAGGUAUUUAAUUAAUUGGCUUGUUAAUGCAUUAAUGAGUCUUCAACAUCCACAUGAUGAAAAUAGAUUUUCAUUAAUUAGAAUAUAUGGGCCAAAGAUAAAUUCUCAUCGUGGACCUACCAUUGCAUUUAAUAUAUUUGAUUGGAAAGGAGAAAAAAUUGAUCCAGCACUUGUUCAAAAGUUAGCUGAUAGGAAUAAUAUCUCUCUAAGUAGGUCAUUUUUGAAAAAUAUCAAGUUCUUAGAUAAGAACCAAGAAGAGAGGGAAUGGGCCUUGGAAACAAAAGCAAAUGAGGUUGAAAAGUUGGGCCUGUCCAAGAAGAAGAAAAGCCCAAAUGGGCCUGGGAUAUUGGUUUUAACAGCUACUUUGGGCUUCUUGACAAACUUUGAAGAUGUUUAUAGGUUUUGGGGUUUUGUUUCUAGGUUCCUUGAUGCUGAUUUUGUGGAGAAAGAGAGAUGGAGAUACAUUGCUCUAAAUCAAAAUACUAUUGAAGUUUGAAUUUGUUGUUACUUACUAUUUUUGCUUUUCUGGUUUGUCAUCAAACUCACAUUGUUUAUGGUCAUAUUAUUUUGGAAUAAAAUUAAAACUCUUGAAGAUUUAAGUUGUAUA